AUGCCUACAGGCUUCCCAGGAGAAAAAGUAGGCAUGGACAUUAUGGGUCCUCUACCGCCCACCAAGAUGGGAAACCGAUAUAUUCUGUUUACGGUAGACUACUUCACGAAAGUAACCGAGGUAGAACCCAUGAAGUCACAAGGCGUUGGAAAGUUUGCCUCAGUUUUCCUCGAUCGGUGGAUUUGCCGACAUGGAGUGCUUGAAUUCGAUCACAGUGAUCGAGGCCCCAACUUCGAGAGCCGACUCCUCACCAAACUUUGUAAGGCUUUCCGGAUCUCAAAGACACGCACGACACCUGGGCAUCCACUAGGCAAUGACCAGGUGGAAAGAACAGAUCGUACUUCGAUCGGACUACUGAAGGCCUUUAUUAAAGAUACCCAACCAGAAGACUAA